CAAGUCGUUCCGUACAUUGAACGUAUCGUCGAAAAAAAAUCUUAAUUAUCAAUUAUCGUAGUAAUAAUAAUUAUCACAAGGGCGAAAACGUUAGCUAACUUUCUUUAAACAUAUUUUAUAGUUUAAAUCGAGAACGGGUAUGUCUAAAGUGAAAUAAAAUAUUCAUAUCAUAAAAGAAACCACGACCGCGCGACCGGAGACCACAGAAACGUCAAACAUCUUGUAACCUCCAAUUUCAAUAUUUUUUCAUUUUGACUCAAAAAUCUCGUUCACACUCAUUUCAGACCGCCGUCGCGUCGUUAGAAUCAACGACAGCCCCCAUAUCAUGAUUCUUUGUGUAUUGAGACUUGAACACCAGUAACGAAACUCAAGUAACAAAAUGUUUGCACAAAACUUCUGUCGGAAACUCUCGAAGGUGUACACCAUCUCCAAUUUCAACGUCAGUCGGUGGUCAGCUUUGGAAAAAAUCUUCAACGCUAAACCCGGCCUGAAUCUUGAUAUAGUGCCAAAAAAUGUGGGUUUAUUCGGAGUGCCUCAACUUACAACGCACGAAGGCUUCUACACAGUCACUGAAAAAUGUAUUCGGAAAACGGACGACUUGGUACAGGAAGCCCUAUCCCCCGAGCGACAACGAAAAAUGGUGGAAAUUUUCGACGAACUGUCCGACUCUUUGUGUCAAGUGGCCGACUUGGCGGAAUUUAUCAGAUUUGCCCAUCCUGCGUCCGAUUACAGUAGCGCAGCGGAGCAUACGUGUUUAGCUAUAAGCAAAUUAGUGGAAAAGCUGAACACAAACGUCGAAAUGUACAAAGCUUUGAAGCUCGCCGUCGAUAACUCGGAUAUCGUGCCAACUAGUAGGGUCGAUCAGCUCGUGGGGCGGUUAUUUCUGUUUGAUUUCGAACAGUGUGGGAUACAUCUAUGUGAGAAGAAACGCAAUCUCGUGGUUGAACUAAAUAACCAGAUUUUGUGUGCUGGGCAGCAAUUUUUGAGCGGAAUCUCCAACCCCAAGGUUGUCAAACAAAGCGUGCUUCCGGAGAAUGUGCGGGACGUAUUUUCCACUGAUGGCGACAAAGUCGUGAUUUCGGGUCUUUACGCCGACUCUUCCAACCCCCUCGUUCGUGAAAUGGCCUACAAGAUCUUCCUCUACCCUGAUCAAAACCAGGAGUACCUUCUCAAUCAGUUGUUGUCGUCACGGGACGAACUUGCCAAAGCUUGUGGUUUCAGUACCUAUAGCGAACGCGCUCUUCGUGGCAGCAUUUUGAGUACCCCCCCGCACGUAAUGGAACUCCUAGAAACCGUCUCGGACAACAUCCGGUCCAAAGCUGCUUCCGAUUUCUCAGAUAUAGCGCUCCUUAAACAAAAGGAAAACCCGCAUUGUGGCCCCCUAGCUGUCUGGGACGUCCCGUACUUCACCCAGAAGGCGAAACGGGACAGAUUCCAAGUCUCCACGAAGGAGUACUCGCCGUACUUCUCUCUAGGUGCCUGUAUGGAAGGCCUCAACCUCAUCUUCACAGCUCUAUACGGGAUUUCUUUAGUCAAUUCAGAAAUAGCUUCCGGUGAGACCUGGUCCAAAGACGUGUAUAAGCUCGAAGUGGUCCACGAAAGCGAAGGGUUACUCGGAUACAUCUACUGCGACUUCUACGAGCGCAACUUCAAGCCCAACCAAGACUGCCAUUUCACGAUCCGCGGCGGGAAAAUCCUCCCCGAUGGGUCGUACCAACUACCCAUCGUCGUCCUCAUGUUAAACUUCUCUCUACCACGCUGGUCCAGCCCCACUUUGCUCUCUCCCAACAUGGUCGACAACCUCUUCCACGAAAUGGGUCAUGCGAUGCACUCCAUGCUGGCACGAACCCGCUACCAGCACGUCUCGGGUACUCGCUGCAGUACCGACUUCGCCGAAGUGCCGUCAAUCUUGAUGGAGUACUUCGCGUCGGACCCGCGCGUCAUCAAGCUCUUCGCCAAGCACUUCCAAACCAAGGAACCCAUCCCCGAGAAAAUGCUCCAGAAGCUGUGUGCCUCGAAGAACCUGUUCGCGGCGAGCGAGACCCAGCUGCAGGUUUUCUACGCCGCGCUGGACCAGAUUUACCACGGGAAACACCCGCUGGAGGGGACGACCACGAAUAUUCUGGCGCGGACGCAGAAUGGGUUCUAUGGGUUGCCGUACGUGGCGAGUACCACGUGGCAGUUGAGGUUUAGUCAUUUGGUGGGGUAUGGGGCGAAGUACUACUCGUAUUUGGUGUCGAGGGCGUUGGCGUACUUGAUUUGGAAGAGCUAUUUCGAGAGGGAUCCGCUGAGUCGGGGGGCGGGGGAGAAGUAUAGGAAGGAGUGUCUGGCGCAUGGAGGCGGGAAGAAUCCUAAGGAUUUGAUUGGGGAUUAUUUGAAGGUGGUACCGAGUCCGCAGGUGUUGGCAGAGGCGCUAGCGAAUGAGAUCGAGGCGAGUCAGAAGCAAGUGGGGGAAGUGGGCAAGAGGACGGUGGGGUUUAGUGGAAGGGAGAAGUGAGGGAGGUGUAUAUAUGUACAUACUACGAUUGUGUAAUUAUUCUUAUUAAAAUAUAUUUAUUAGAACGUG